CUCGCGUGAGGCUGCAGCGCAGACACGCUUGGUGGAUCAUGGGAGUGACAUUCUCGACCCUAUGGUCGCGUCUGUUCCUACGGAAGGAGACAAAGGUGUUGAUUCUAGGCUUGGACAAUGCUGGAAAGUCGACGAUACUGUAUCGUAUAACGAUGGGAUCUGUAGUGGCAUCCGCCCCGACCGUAGGAUCAAAUCACGAGAUAUACGACUAUAAAGGCGUUCGAUUCGGGUUGAUCGACAUAGGCGGACAGACGAGUUUAAGAAGUAGCUGGAGUCAAUACUUUGCAGGAACCUCAGCUAUCAUCUUGGUCAUUGACUCGAGCGAUAGUGCAAGGCUGCCUUUGGCCAAGGCCGAGCUGAAGAGACUCGUCUCGGACGAUUCUCUGCGGACAUCAUUACUACUCGUUCUGGCAAAUAAGCAGGACCUACCGACCAACCAGGGUCGAUUGACGCCUGCUCAAGUAUCUGAAGCUCUCGGACUGACGGAUCUGAGGGAACGAGAAUGGCAGAUCAUGGGCUGUAGCGCUUUGACAGGAGAGGGCUUAUUUGAGGGAAUGGAUUGGCUCGUCGGUAAGCUCGCACGGUGACAUGGGCUCGGUAUAGAAAUAAAUGCAUGUACGAUAUGGGGC